CGCCCACCGAUUCCCGACUCCUGAGUUGCAUUGCUAAGCAGCCCGAGUUAUACGAUGAGGAAUUCUGGCCUUCUAGCCGCACUCCAAGCUGUGUUGGUUACUAUUCUAUACCAUGAUAUCGGGGUUGAAGCCAAAACCCGCCCGAAACUUGCUAAUCUGCUCGCAGUGCCGCACGCUGGCCGCGAGGCUGGCGGACAAGGUUCUCUUUCCCAACGACACGGCGUACAACGAGCGACUUGACACGUACUGGUCAGUGAGCGCUGCUCUGAGUCCGUGGUGUAUGGUCCUGCCUUCCACGGCCGAAGAUGUUUCUACCAUCAUCAAGACCGUGGUUGCUGGGAAUUGCCCUUUUGGUAUCAAGGGAGGCGGCCAUGGUACUUUCGCAGGCUCGAACAGCAUUGAGCAUGGCGUGACCAUUGACUUUGGCAACAUGAACUCAACCACCUACCACCCAGAAACCGAGAUUGCCUCGAUCAAGCCAGGCGGUCGCUGGCAAGAAGUGUACGAGACCCUAGCACCAUACGGCGUGACAGUUACCGGCGGCCGCGCAGGCACGGUCGGGAUCGGUGGCUUCAUCACCGGCGGCGGCAACUCGUUCCACUCCUCUUCGCACGGCAUGGCCUGUGACACGGUUGUCAACUUCGAAGUUGUUCUCGCCGACGGGUCUAUCGUCAAUGCCAACGCCAACGAAAACCCUGACCUUUGGGUUGCGCUAAAGGGAGGAUCAGCUAACCUCGGUCUGGUCACCCGCUUCGACCUGCGCGUCAUCAAGUACCCUGAUCCGACGCGUCCUGAUCUCUGGGCCAGGUUCAUCUCGUUUGACCCCGCAGACGGCGAUGAUGUCAUUGAGGCUAUGGUUAACUUCACAGAGAAUGCCCACACUGACCAGAACACUACCUCGAUCAUGUACUUUGGGCACAUCCCUGCCGCUGGCGGGAGUGUUCUCCAUCUUGCCCUCGAAAACACGUUGGGCACUGUCAAUCCUCCCGCGGCUGACGUCUACCUCAGCGCUGGCCGGGUCUUGUAUGACAACGGGGGUCUCGUGUUGCCCAUGGCUGACAUCGUUCGGUCGGAGAAUCCUGCUCAGUUGGCAGGCUUCAGACAAAUUUGGUUUACACUCUCCUUCGCAAAUGACGCGCGAGUCAUAAAGUACGCUGCCGAACAACAUGCACUGGCUGUCAAGAGACUGUCCGAGACUUUGUCCCCCGACAGCAACUUCACCACCAUGUGCGCUUUUCAGCCGCUAAACAAAGUGAUCGCCAAACACGGCGUCCAAAACGGCGGCAAUGUUAUGGGACUGGAUUACUGGAUGCGGAACGGCAGCAACGGCAUAAUGUUCGUGGCUGAACUCGGCCUGCACGGCGCUGAAAACGAGGAAAAGGCAUACCCAAUCAUAAAGGACUGGACAGACGCGGUUGAUUCUUAUGCCAGGGAGUUGGGCGUCGGCUGGGCCUGGAAGUAUCUGAACUACGCUGGGCGGGAGCAGAAUCCCUUGUCGACCAUUGGACCUGAUGCCUUGAAGAAGUUACGGGUUGCGUCGAGGAAAUAUGAUCCCAAGGGCGUCUUUCAGACUUUGCGGGCGUCGGGGUUUAAAAUUCCGCGGGACCGUCAAUGAGUAGGUUUGGAUGCCUGACGACGGGCCAAUCUUCGAACUCGUCGUGAUUAUUAUCCACGUCUGAUCUGGCGGCUGCUUCGUCGUUCACGAGACUUUUUCCAACCCGAAUGACAUUCAAAGCGUCCCAUAAUCGCAUCCACAUACUGGCUAACCUAGAUCCCGUAGUGCAGCGUCUGGCUGUUAUGUAGGCUGAGUUGUGAGUGGACGGCACAGGUGCACAGGGAAUGCGCGCACUUCUGACGGGGUUUGG